AUGAAUUUGGACAGUGAUGGAAUGGAUGACAUCAUCAGUCAAGAAUCCCCAUUGGAUAUGGAGGGGAAUUAUAAAAAGGCACAGAAAAAUGAGAGAGAAUCUAUCCGACAGAAGUUGGCACUCGGGAGCUUCUUUGAUGAUGGCCCAGGAAUUUAUACCAGCUGCAGCAAAAGUGGGAAGCCAAGCCUUUCCUCUCGCCUGCAGAGUGGGAUGAACCUGCAGAUCUGCUUUGUCAACGACAGCGGCAGUGACAAGGACAGCGAUGCAGAUGACAGUAAGACUGAAACCAGCUUGGACACCCCCUUGUCGCCCAUGAGCAAACAGAGCUCUUCCUAUUCCGAUAGAGACACUACUGAAGAGGAGUCUGAAUCCCUAGAUGAUAUGGAUUUCCUCACGAGGCAAAAGAAAUUGCAAGCUGAAGCCAAAAUGGCCCUCGCCAUGGCCAAACCCAUGGCCAAAAUGCAAGUAGAAGUGGAAAAACAGAACAGGAAAAAGUCUCCCGUCGCUGAUCUCCUGCCACACAUGCCUCAUAUAAGCGAAUGCUUGAUGAAAAGGAGUUUAAAGCCCGCUGACCUGAGGGACAUGACUAUUGGGCAGCUACAAGUGAUAGUCAAUGAUCUCCAUUCGCAGAUAGAAAGCUUGAAUGAAGAGCUGGUCCAGCUGCUGCUUAUCCGAGAUGAGCUGCACACAGAACAAGAUGCCAUGCUGGUGGACAUCGAAGACUUGACCAGACAUGCCGAAAGUCAGCAGAAGCACAUGGCAGAGAAAAUGCCUGCGAAGUAAACAGAAGCCAUCCAGCCAGAGGACAAGCUAGACUUCGUUUUGCUUCUGUGGUUGUAAAAAUGCUGUUGCUCAAGGUGGCGCAGAAACAAACAAAUGUCAGUGUUAGUCAUUGAUAAUGUCUGAAGCUUAAUGUCCAGUGAUUAGCCUUUGCUUCUUUUUUUUUUUCAUAUUUUACCAGAUGAAUUUAAUUGACAUUUUCAGAGCAUCACCCCAAAAUUGCAGGGCACAUAUUCCCCUCAAGUUCACAGGGAAGGCCCCUCAGGACAGAACACAUGUUAGGCCACAAAACAAGCUUCAGUAAAUUUAAAAAGAUUGAAAUCAUUCCACACCCCGUGCUCC